AUGACCUUUAAUAUGGUUAAUUAUAAUAUUCGAGUGGUACUCUCAUAUUCCCAACAAAAUCUUGUAUCAGAUUAUAUAUUGGAAAGUGUAAUGUUUUCGGUAAUACCUCUGGAAAUGGUGGAGCAAUUGGGGUACAAGAAUUCUAUUGAAAAAACAUUGUACUCUUCUUUUGGAUAUGAUCAAUGGUAUGUGAUUCCCACACAUCAAGGUAAUGGUGUGUCUGGGGCAGUCUUAUUUCUGAAAGAAAUUGAAGAAGCAGAGAAUGAGAAAUUGGUGAUUCCAGUGGUAGUUACCUGUAGUAAAAAUAAAACGCCGAAGAAUGUAAAAAUCCAAUAUAAAUUCUCCCUGGAACCCGGUGAUGCAUAUCAGCUAUGUCUGUCAAUGAGAGAAGAUAAUAAAUCAUGCUUUGGAGAUAUGGUACUGCAGACUGAAGAAACAUUUUCCACAGAUAUGCGUUUGUUUGUGGUUUUUAGUGUUAUGAAUCGCGGAGAAAAAGGUCCUUCUGACAUGUCGAAGCUAGAAUUUGAUGUGAAUCCUGCAUUAACAAAAACGCAUCAAGAAGUUCUGAAAAAGGUGUUUAGAGCUCACCAAAAGGUGUUUGCGAUGUCUCUGAAGGAUGGAGCGGAGUUGAAGGCCGAGCCAUAUGUCAUCCAGCUAAAAAAUGAAACGAAACCAAUUCGAGUCACUCCUCGAAUUGCACCUUAUGAGGCCAAUAAAUGGUUCAAAGAAUAUAUUGAGCAGCUCUUGGAUUUAUGGCUAAUGGAAAGGUGCCAUGGUUCCUGGGCAGCAGGUGUAAUAUUGGUUCCAUCAGACAUCGAGCAGAGGAGUCCUAGGGGAAGGAAGGUAAUGAAAUUAAAACGGGCACCUAGGUUCAAGGUUAACUAG